AUGGUGAUUUUCAGGGCACAAGCGAUAACCUUCUGUUUGAGUCGUCUUGAUUUCCUUUUCCUGAACGCUGGCAUUCAACCCUCGUCUGGAUGGAAAGACACCUCGUCCUUCCAAGCUAUCUUCAACGUCAACUUGUUCGGCGUUGUUCAUGGCAUUUCCACCUUCUUGCCAACGAUCAAGGCCACGCCUGAUUCUGCCAUAGUCAUUACCGGAUCAAAGCAGGGGAUCACCAACCCGCCUAGCAACCCUACAUACAACGCAAGCAAGUCAGCUGUCAAGUCAAUUGCGGAGCAUCUGUCGUACGACCUGAAAGAUGCAACAACCAACGUGCAUCUUCUUGUGCCAGGUUGGACAUUCACCGGCUUGAGCCGGAGCAACUCUCAAUCAAGUGGCGAGAAGCCCGCUGGUGCUUGGACCUUAGAGCAGGUUGCCAACUACUUGGUGGAGAAGAUGACUCAAAACGAGUUCUACAUUAUUUGCCCCGACAGUGAGGUUGCCGAGGAGAUGGAUGCCAAAAGAAUAGCAUGGGCAGCAUAA